CAACCCGGCAGUAAAUAACCACAUUCGAAUUAAUAUGCUAGUCUAUUUCUAAGAAUAUAACAUACGUAUAAACCACUUAUACUAUUAAAUAGAGCAGAUGUAUACAAGGUCAGUUCAAUAUUUACUGUCUACAGAUUAUCAAGUGAUAUUUAUAUGCUGAACUUUCAAUAAUCAUGGGUAAUAAAACGUGCUGUGUCCGACCACAGACCAAGUCAAGGGCUGUUGUCUAUGACGUAAAUGAGUCGCCAGCCGAUCACAGUCAAAGAGAAUUACCCCCCUUACCUAGUGAAGAAGAACCAGUAAGAGAGCCAUUUAUGGUGAAAGCUUUAUAUGAUUAUCAGGGUGUUAAUGUAGAUGAUUUAAAAUUCAAGAAAGAUGAUAGGAUGGAAAUUGAUUUAACAGUAACAGAUGAAACCGAAGAUUGGUUGAUGGCCAUCCAUUCAAAGAGUAAGAAAAGAGGCUAUAUACCCAGCAAUUAUGUUAGAAAAGAUGAUAAUUCUAUAGAAAGCCAAGACUGGUGGUAUGACAUCGAUCGUGAAACCGCAAACAGUAUACUGAUUCAUCCAUCUAUUAAAAUCGGAACGUUUAUAGUCCGGAAAUCGAGUGAUUCUAAGAACUAUGCAUUAAGUGUGCUUACCCGUGAAGAGAAUGGAGAACGUUAUACCAAACAAUAUAGAAUAGUUAAAGAGGUGGAGGGCGACGGGGACAAAUAUUAUAUAUCUAAAACCAUUAAAUUCAGUUCAUUGAUGAAACUUGUAGAACAUUACAAAGGGGGAGGUUUGUGUUGUGCGUUAUCAGUAGCUUGUCCCAAGAUCCGGCCGACAACGGUACCACCAUUCAGAGAACUAGAAGUUCAUGCAAGCAGCCUUGAAUUCAAGGAAAAAUUAGGACAAGGUUAUUUCGGUGAAGUUUACAAAGGCCGAUACAGAAAGAUAAAAGAUGUAGCCAUCAAAACCCUUAAACCUGAUAAAAUGCCCGAGAAAAAAUUUCUAGAAGAAGCUAAAUUGAUGCACGAAUUGUACCAUCCUAAAUUAGUGACGUUGUUGGCCAUCUGUCUGGAGCCUUUAAUGAUUGUUGCCGAAUUCAUGCCGAAUGGUUCUCUCUUAAGUUAUUUACGUAGUGACAGUAGAAAAGAGCUCACAUUUGAUGAUCUUACAUAUUUUGCAUCUCAGAUAGCUCAAGGAAUGGCCUUUCUGGAAUCAAAGAAUUUUAUUCACCGGGAUUUACGAGCUGAUAAUAUAUUGGUUGGUGAAAACAAUGAAGUGAAAGUUGCAGAUUUUGGUUUAGCUAAAUGUUUGGAAGAUAAGGGGUCAACGUGCAACUCAGACGAUGCGAAGUUUCCAAUCAAAUGGACGGCACCAGAGGCUUUUCGGAGACGAGAAUUUAGUGUCAAAUCAGAUGUCUGGUCAUUUGGUGUAGUGUUGUAUGAAUUAAUCACUUUUGGUCGCCAGCUAUAUAUAGGUUCAAAUGGAAAAGAGGUAAUGGCGAAAGUGGAAUUGGGUUACAGACUUCCUAAACCAGGCCCACCAACUAUGUGUACUGAUGCAUAUUAUGGUAUAAUUAUAUCAUGUUGGAACGAAGAACCGGCAGAUCGACCAACAUUUCAAUUCCUUUUUAAUCUCUUUUCUGAUUAUAAGGUUUCGACUGAGAAAGCCUACCAACCCCCGGAGGUGAAGGAACAAGACGAGUAACAUCAGAUAAACACGUCACUCAUCCCGGUUUCAUUCCCUAUAAAUCUACAAUUAUUACUAAAAUAAUUAACUUACAAGCCUUUUCUAAAUUAUUCGGGUUGGAUGGCCGAAUGAUUUAACGCGUGCGCGUUAGCUUACAAGGUCUGUCGUUAUUGUUAUUAUUAUUAUCGUUUCAUUAUAUAGCGCUACAUUUUAUAUCAAAACCGCUUCACAAAAACAAGAUUAAUCAUGAUACUAUUCGAAAAGAUUAGUUUUCAAUUUACGUUUAUAUAUUAUAAUACGAAUUGGAUUGUCUAAUGGUCACAGUAAGAUAAUUCAAGAGUUUGACAGAACUACCGUGGUAGGAUAGUUGACUAACUGGUAUGUUAUAUUUUGGGAUAGAAAGGUGAGCCCUGUCAUCGACUCGUCUUGAUUAGAUUAUCUUUCUAUAAUAUUUACCUAAUCAAUCAAAUCAUCUUAAGGUGAAAAAUUAAUUAUUCCUAAUCAACAAAUAUGCCUGAUCUCAAAUUGGAGCUAAAAACGAUGUAUAAUACAUAACUUGGCUGUACACCAUGUAUAAUACAGAACAUAGUGUACACGAUGUAUAAUAUACAUUUUACUGUGCAUAAUGUACAUAUGUAUAUUUAAUAAAUUGAUGUGUAUUCUAUAAAAUGAAAUGAAAUGGGGUUUAACGUCCUACUGUUCUGCUCCUAUGCUGGGCUAAUGAAGACGGGCAUACGCCAUACAGUGUGCUAUGAGGAAAAUUUUGCCCGGGCAGCGACUAUCGCCUACUCUUAUAUCGAAUUCCAACUGCCAAGGGAUCUUUUACGUGCAUUCUAAUGUAUACACGGGACCUCGGUUUUCCGUCCCAUCCGAACGACUAGACAGCUGUCCUUGUCAGCCCCUCCGUCCUGCAUCACUGACAAUGAACUUUCUCGGCCAAUGCAGGGAUCGUGUAUUCUAUAAUUCCGGGUACACAAUGUUUAUGUAUAAUAGGGGGGUUGGAUGGCUGAAUGGUUAGCGUGCGCAUGCUGUAUCAUAAAGUCUGUCAUUAAGUCGACUGGCGUGGUUUCAAAUCCCCGGUUGUAUGUGACAAGGAGAAGGGUCGCCUAUCCAACCUCGUGGGUUUUCUCUGGGUCCUCCAGUUUCCUCCCACUGCUAAAGACCCCUACGCGGAAGCGAAUUAUUGAAAUAAAAUUAAACCAUAUGUUAGUCCCGAAAUGACCUAGUUUGUGUCGAGUGGACGUUAAACCCCAUUUCUCUCUCUCUCUCUUAUGUAUAAUAUCCAUUGACUUGA